AUAACAGCAACAGCUAGCAGCGAACAAGGUUGAAGCUUUCAAAAGUCCGUCGCAAUUGUGCCGAGUGCCCAGAGAAAUCAGCUCCAAGAAGGGUUGAUUCGCAAGAUCUAACACCGGCUAUGGAUUGUGUGAACUUUGCGGGAUAAGCGUAUUUUUUACGCCAACACACAUGCUACUUCGAACGACAUCGGCAAUUGACGAUUUUGGUUCGGGGACCUUGAAUUGCAUGUGGGAAGGCGAAUAAUUCUAAUAUCUUGUCCUUAUUGAGUUGCUUGUGGAAGUUUGGUUACAAAUUGUGGGUGCAUUGACUGUGAAUGUUUCUCCUUUUAAGCCCUAUAAAUGGGCUGUGCUCCUAGCAUUCACGUCUCACAAUCUGGAGUAUUUUAUUGUAGAGACGAAAUUCGCGAAGGAUCAAGCCCUAGACCAAGAGCAUCUUCUCCUAGUGAAAUUGUCGGCCAUAUUCGUUCAAGCUCGGACUCUGGGUCGCAUAUUUCGACGUCGUCUUCUUCUCGAAAUCGUGGAAAUAAUAAAAAAGGACAAAACUCUCAUCGAGGUAGUUCUAUUGAAGCAGAAACACAAACUUACGACCCAAGGAGUAGUAUGGAGCAUCCCAAGAAUGAAAGAAAGGAAAUUUCACUUGGACCAAUGAAGUUAUAUCAAGCCCAAAUGCAGAUCAUGCUGGUGUUUUCAAAAGAAGAUGCUCAGACUGACAGCUUUCUUCAUGCAGCCGAAAGAGGUGGAUAUUUAUGUCAAAUUUGUAAAACAUCUGAAGAAGCCAUGGAACAGUACAUAAACAUUCAGCCAGAGGUGAUAUUUAUUGACAUGAGAGGAAAUUCUGUCAUUGAUGGAGAAACACUUUGCAGGAUAAUAAGAGCAAAAGGCCCACGAGAGAAUUCUAUAAUUAUUGCUGUAGUCAAAGGGAGUAAAACGAAAUCCCACUGUCUUCGCAAAAUUUUCACAUGUGGCCUCAGGAGGGAUCGCAGCCCACGAAGUGAUGAACCAUCGAUGCUUCCACUGCUAAAAGCUGGAUUUGACCGGCGGUUUGUUGAAAAUGCUAAUGUUGGGGCUUGUCAUAAUGAGUUGCUGAUGUUGGAACAUGGAGAAGUUCAGUCGAUGUUUAAACUGAGGGCAACAAGCUGUCUUUUUAGUGCAAUUGAGCACUCCACUGAUGCUGUAGAGAUUGCCAGUGCAGACCCUGACAAGCCAGAGUUACAGGUAGAGUACUUUAACCCUGCCUUUGAGAAGAUGUCUGAAGCUGUUGGGCAUCCACAGAACUUCAUGAUGAACAGCGAGCAUGAGAAACCUGAGUUAUAUGAGUCAAUUCAUGCACACAUAAAGAAAGGGAAGCCAUGGGAGGGAAAAGUAGUUGGGAAAAGAAGAAAUGGGGAUAGUUUCUUACAAAAUGUGCAUAUCAUUCCCAUCAUUGGCAAAGGAGGGAAAGUUGCUCACCAUGUGACAGUGAAGAGAGAAAUCACCCAGGCUAAUCCCCUGAAUCAAGUCAACAUGAAUAUGGAGGUUAAUAUGCAUAUGGAAUCACCAACUACAGCCAGUGGUGUAACAGAACAAGUUCAAAUUAACACCUUAAAUGGAGGUAUUCUUAGAAGACAUUCAACAACAACUACGACUAAAAUAGAGGCACCCAUUACAAAAGUCAUAAACAUGCUGUCUGCAGCGCAAGAAAAUAGUCCCAUGUCUGUAGUACAAGCACUAGAUAGAGUGCUGGAAAUUCUACGGACAGCGGAAUUAUAUUCCCCUUUCACAACAACUGAAGAAGACAUGAUGACUAAUGAACUGGUCGGAGGUCUCAUGAGCAAUGGCCGAAGGAGACCCUCCUGUGACGUUCCUAAACCAAGUACGAACUUAUUCUACACAUUCGGCAGAGGUCAUACCACACCGAGCACUGUACGAACCCCACCCAUCUCACACCUCCAAGAGGCCCCACCUGAAGUUAUCGCUUCUAUGGUUGACGAGGCAGACUGGGACUUUGAUAUUCUCAAGUUGGAAAAAGCCUCCAAUCACAGGCCCUUGUACUUCUUGGGAACGAAGAUACUGAACAGGUUCAGGGCCUGUGAAUUACUCAACAUUACCGAAGAUGUUCUCAAGAAUUGGUUACAAUUAAUAGAAGAAAACUAUCACUCGAAAAACGCCUAUCAUAACUCCACGCACGCUGCUGAUGUCUUGCACGCAACAGCAGUGUUCUUAGCAAAAGAAAGAGUGAAGGCUGUUCUAGAGCCACUCGAUGAAAUAGCCUCGUUAAUAGCAGCAGUUGUUCACGACGUAGACCAUCCGGGAUACACAAACUCGUUCCUUUGUAAUGCAGGAAAUGAGCUCGCCAUCCUCUACAACGACAUCGCCGUACUGGAGAGUCAUCAUGCUGCGUUGGCGUUCAAACUUACAGCCAAAUACGAAAGGUCAAACAUCUUUAAGGGACUUGACAUGGAUGAGUUCCGCACGAUUCGCCAAGCGAUCAUCGACAUGGUAAUGGCGACAGAGAUGACGAGACACUUUGAACAUCUCUCAAAGUUCGUAAACUCUAUAAAUAAACGGCGUUCUUCCAGUAUGGAUGAGGUACACUCGGUGCACAGUGGGCGUGGCACUCCAGAUUCCACAGCAUCAACUGCUGUAGCACUCAACACUCCAGAAAACCGUACACUGAUUAAAAGAAUGUUAAUUAAGUGUGCUGAUAUCGCCAACCCAGCUCGACCACGAUACCUGUGUAAAGAGUGGGCAUACAGAAUAGCAGACGAGUACUUUUCACAGACGGAUGAGGAAAAGAGGCGUGGUUUACCCGUCGUGAUGCCUGUGUUUGAUAAGCAAACAUGUAACGUACCGAGAUCACAGGUUUGGUUCAUAGAUUACUUUGUCAGUGAUCUUUACGACGCAUGGGAUGCUUUCGCAUUUGUACCCGAGACCAUCAGACACCUUACAGAUAAUCACGAAUACUGGAAAAAAGCAGCAGAGGAGUGGGUAAGCGACAAUGUUUCCAGUGGGAUAACCAUGGCGUUAAGUGCUAGUAAACCUGUCACGUAAACGCUUUGUCGUGGUUUGGGUCCCGCCUGAUCUCUUCUCGUCCUUAAUAAUUCUUCAGGCGUAGACACUUCACAGUAGAAUCAUUUAAACGGCAGUCGAGUGGGUCCAAAGGCGUUUGGACCUCUCUGGGCCUGCGCGGGAUUACAUUCCAUUAAUCUGAUAAUAGUCCCUUUGUUGAUUCCCAGGAUGCCAAUCGCACAACUGCAGCUACUU